AUCGAUUAGAUUGAGAAGAAUCAAUUGAAUUAAAUGCCAAUUUUCAAAAGCAUUCAGUUUAACUUCGGGGUAAUGAACUAGUCAGUUUGCGCAUCAAAAAAGUAUGCGAAUUGAGUUAGCAGCUUUUUUAAUCCCGUUUCUCUGCUGUUGCAUCUUCGCAUCGCCGCCUAGUACGAGGAUAGUUGCAGGCAGCGACGCUAGCGAUGGAGAAUUUCCCUAUGCCGUGUCCAUCCGGUACAACAACUGUCACGAAUGCGGAGCGUCGAUUAUAAGUGACAGAUGGGUAUUAACGGCAGCUCAUUGCAUUUUUUUGGAGUACAUGAAUCUGUCAACUAUACUCUACGGCACCAUCGAGGCUGAUAACUGUCAAGAAGCCACAUCAAACACCAAGAGAGUAAAACGAGCCAUCAUACACGAAGCGUACCAAAACUAUUCCGGACAUUUCAAUGACAUCGGAUUAAUAGAGGUCGAGGAUCCUUUCGAAUUUUCCAAUGAAGUCAAACCUGUACUGCUUCCGAAACUCUUCGAACAUCCGCCGGUAUUCCAACCGUCUUAUCUGGUCGGAUGGGGUUACGAGGAAACCAAUGGUACCGUACCUCCAGUGCUCCAGAAAGUCAGUCUCGAUAUCUACCCGGAUCAGAUUUGCAGCAUGUUUUUCGGCAGCAAUUAUUCACAGGUGUCCCACAUUUGCGCGGGCGGAGGCGGUAAAGGACAAUGUUCGGGCGAUUCUGGCGGGGCUUUGACGGUGAACGGACACCAACAUGGGAUUGUUUCAUGGUCGGACAAGCCCUGUACCAUUACGCCGGGCGUUCUCACGAGAGUGUCGUCUUUCGUAAACUGGAUCAAACGUCACACCGGAAUUUUAUAACCAUUAAUCGUAAUUCACUUAUUACCUAUUACAUAAUCGAAAAUGGACAUAAAACUGCAAGACAUAUUUAAUUGUUUUAAUUUCAGCUCACUUAUUUAAUACAAUAUUUUUUAUGAGUCUAGUUUUGCUCGUUACACCUCUGGCCUUUUUAAACUUAAUAUGAUUAUAUUUAAGUGCUGCCGCCAUUAUGGUUGUAAAAUUUAUGCUUCGGGGGUUUAAAAAGGAGCCGCUAAAUUCCGAGGCCUUUCGAAUAGUUGUAAUUAUAUUGUUCCUCUCGAAAAAAACUUUUCAAAGUUGUGCGUUAAAAACAGCUUUUAAUCGUAUUCAGAAAACUUUAACACAACAAUAACAACAUUCUGUGUUUCUGGACAGCUCUUAUAAAUUUAUUAUCUUAGGAUCACCCAAGAAAAACAUCAUUUAAAGGUUAGUAAUGGUUUUUUUGUACCUCUUUGCAUCACUUGAAACCAGUGCCUUUGCAAACAAAUUUUUUAAGCCCAUAUAAUUAAGGAAAACGCUAGUCAAAUAUGAUUUCGAACGUAAAACUUUAUGGUAGAGCAUUCUAUCAAUCUUAAGUACUUUUUGAUGGAAACGAUUGCCAGUGAGUUAUCAAAAUGUUUUGCCUAUUUUCGUCUUUGCAUUGCCUGAUUUCGAGUAUAUUUGUGGUGAUUAUGGCGGCAGCCUCAAGUUAUAUCUGGCCCUUAAUCAGUGUUAACAAUUACAUUUAAAAAACAACCUACUAUCACAAUUAAUAAGGCUUUGCAAUAAUAUACUUACAGUCUACAAUUAUUUACCUAGUGUAUUGGCCAAAAUAUUUCCUUGAAUUCAUUUAUUUUAAGUACCACAUAUUUCGAAAUAGUCACAUUUCGGAAAUGAAAAAGAUAAAACACCCUCGAUGAAGCAAGUACGUAUAAAAUAUUUGUCUAUACUAUAACGUGAAUAUUUUACGAAAAUAGAUAUGUUUAUAACUUUUCUAGAAUCACAUGUAUACCGCAUAUAUACACCUCUCUUCGUCAGUCAUCCGUCUUAUAUAAAUCAAUAAAUACUUUAGAUAGUUUGCAUUUUGUUCAACGUUUACAAAAAUUUGGUGCCAUGCUUAAGCGCUAUAUAUUCCCCAAUCGACGAACGAAAUAAUUAAAACAAUUUUGUCAAUAAAACUGUAACGGGUUAUUUUGGUAAUUUGAUUUUCACCCAGAGAAAUAUUUCACGGCGCUGCUAUUGUCUGUCGUCAAAUUUCAAAGCCAAUUUCUAUUUCGACAAUAAUUGUGUGUAAAAGUGUGUCAUUUUUUAACGUCAAAAUGGGAUAAAAAUAAUAGUCAAAAACAAUCAAUAUUUGUUAGUUGCUCUUUCUUUUCUGGAAAUUCAUUGUCUUGAGUGGGUUUCUUAUUCCAGUUUAAAUUCUUGUUGCACUAAAAACGAAUUGCGACAGAUUAUCAAUUUUAAAAUCAAGCAAGUAUAGUAUAACCGCCGAUAUACCGAGCUCAUUAAAGGCGGGAAUCGCUUACCAGACCGUCGCUAAUGUUCAAGGUGUGAGAUUCGGCUACCGCAUCUCCAGGUCCGGAACCAAUAGAUUAUAUAUAUAUAUAUAUGUAUAUAUAUAU